UCUUUGUAGCGUGUCUGUGGGUCUCCCAGAGAGAGCCCUGGUGGGCAGGGAGAGGCCAGCAGAGGCGGAGAAGGCGAGCUGCCCCAGGCCCAGAGAGGCUGGAGAAGAGUCUGCAGCCAGCAAGGCUCGCUCAGGUCCAUUCAUGGGACAGAGAAGAUCCAAGUGUGCUAAGUUGGGGAGCGGCCCAGUGCCCCCUGCCGAGGACCGGGGCACAGACAGAAGCUCCGACAACUUCAGCCACGACCCGCCAGCAGCAUCCCGCCCAGGAGGCUUCCCCAAACUGGAGGAGAUGAAGAUGCCCCGCGGGGUGAAGCGUGUGUGCUACCUGGAUUCCGGGGCGGUGAUCCACCUCCUGGGGGCCAUCAGCCACGGGCAGGCAGGGGGCGCGCGUCCGCUGAAGCUGGAGGCCCUGGAGAACAUGAUGGAGGUCAGCGCAGCCUCACCUGCCCAGAGGCCCAGGAGGAAGAUAAGGCGCCAGGCCCACAGCCCCACGUGGUGCCAGUCCAGUCCAGUGGAGUCUGAAGAGGAGGAGCCCGAGGACCAGGACUGGGAAGAGGACGCAGCUCAGCUCCAGCUCCAAAAGGACAUUGGGGUGCGGCACACGGUGGUCCGUGUCAUGCGGAAGGUGCUGUGGAGUCGCCUCCGGGAGGUCCCAGACGUGGCACUGAGUAAGGAGGUGGUAGAAGGCAUCGCCGCUGGCAUCGAGGCAGCCCUCUUCGACCUGACACAAGCCACCAACUGCCGCUACAAGACCAAGUACCGCAGCCUGCUGUUCAACCUGCGAGACCCCAGGAACCCCGACCUGUUUCUCAAAGUGGUUCAUGGAGAUGUCACCCCCCACGGCCUGGUGCGGAUGAACUCAAUCCAGCUGGCCCCCCAAGAGCUGGCCCGCUGGCGGGACCAGGAGGAGAAAAGGGGCCUGGAGAUCAUUGAGCAGCAACAGAAGGAGCUGUGCAUCCUCCCGACCUCCAAACUGACCCACAAGGGUGAAGUCGAGAUCCUGCGGGACACGGACCAGAUGCUCACCCUGGAGGACCUGGUGAGAACCAUGGUGUCCAUAGACUGCAGCCCGCUGGCCCUGCCUGCCAUGUCAGAGGACUCCACGGAGCAGCAUGAGCACCACUUCUUCGACCCCAGCUGCCACAUCUGCAACGACUGGAGGCCCUUGUGUGAGCUGCCAGGCUUCUCCAAAGCCAACAGGAGGGUGGAGGACAAUGUCACCCAGAGAGCCCCAAGCCCAGACCCUGUGUCCUCUCCAGAGAUGCCCCAGAUCUCGGAGAAACCUCCCAUGGAGCCCCAGGACAGGGUCCUUCCCUCCAGGCUGCAGGUGUCUGUAGGGCCCGCAAAGCCCCCCUGGGAGGGGGCUGUGGCCAUGUUCUCCAUCAAGCAGUUCCGGGUCAAGGCCCAGCUGGUCUCAGGACACAGCUGUCAGCUCAUCAUGACCCUGCCCGAGGUGAUCCGCUCAGCAGGCUGCAUCCCCUCCAGCACCAUCUGGGACCUUCUGGCCAGCGUCUGCCCAGCCAAGGCCAAGGACGCCUGUGUGGUCAGACUGUGCCCCCAGGGGGCUCGGGACACCCAGAACUGCCACCUGCUCUACUCCUACCUCAACAACAAGCAGUGCCAUGGCUUGGCAGCGGUGGAACACGUGAGGGUGGUCCUGCUCCCCCUGCCUGCCUUCCAGCCCCUGCCCACCAGACUGCGCCUUCUUGGAGGCCCAGCCAGCGUGCAGCUCCCGGAGGGCGGUGCACGCGCUCCUACCAGGCCUUGGGUCUCUCCCUGCCUCUCCCCAGGCCUGGAAGCCACUCACCCAAGCCUGCUGCUGGCUGUGCUGCUCCCCACAGCAGGGUUUCCAGACACAGCGGAAUCCAGCCCCUUGCUGGAGAAGGUUCGCAAGGUGGUCUCCUUCAACAAAAAAGUGGAGCUGAGAUGCUACCAGCGGAAGGACAGGAGGCCGGAUGUGGCCCCGAGGGGCUCCCCUCCCCCAGGGGGCACCCUGCAGCAGAGCCGGGGCAAAGGCAGCCUGGCUCAGCCCUCUAGAGGCAGGGGGAGACUGUGGGAAGAGCCUGAGACCUGGCAGGGGCCUGGGCGAGGGGAGUGGCCCACAAGACCAGGCUGGUGCCAGUCCUGGCACCCCUCUUCGGCAGCACCAGCUGGCCGGGGCCAGCACCUCCACAGGGCAUCCUGUCCCCAGCAAGCCCUGCUCCAGCAUCUUGAAUCCCUGGUGACGAUGAGCCGCCAGCUCCAAGCCUCCCUGAGAUCCCCAGGCCAGGAGCUCCUUCCCCAGACCCCUGCAGCCGGUGGAAUCCUUGGACUCCUAUGCCGGCCUCCGGCAGCUCCAGAGCCCCCUGGCCCAGCCUCCGACUCCUCUUUGGGCCCAACAGAUGGAGCUGGCUCUGAGUGUCCUCUCCCUGGAGAGACCUGACCCUAGAAGAGGGCCUUUGACUCCCUCCCCAGUGCUGAACCCUGAGCUGUUCCAGGGAGAUAUGGGGGCAGAGGAAGGGGAGGGCCAGCUCAACCCACCUGCCCCUUUUGAGUUUCAUGUUUUG